AUGGAAAUUCUGAAGCCUGCUAGACCUCCUGUCAGCAUGGAUCCUAGCCCAGUCUCUCCAAUGUCACACAAUCUCCCCAGUCCGAAGUCCAGUGGAUUCAAGUCCUGGGGAUCAUUCAACAGGAGUACCAGGCCCUCCCAACCAUCCAUGAACGGCAGCAUGGUGACUAUCGACGAGUCCAUUGUUGCGAACGACCGAGAACGUGCCCAGCAUGAUAUGGAGAUGCUCUAUGCGGCAGUUAUGGAACAUGAUGCCCAGAAGGCUUCCGGGGUUGAUCUGUCUGUCCGUGAACCAGACCUCCAAGCACAAUCACCGGACAGUCAACUCACAAAUCCAUUCACUGACCGUGGCUCUCACGUCUCAGACAACUCACUGGCACCAUUGAAGUCCCCCACCAAGGGUUUCAACAGCUCCCGCUUAUCCAAGCUCUUCAACUCGGGCUCCCGGGCUAAUCCAGACCCGAGCAAAGUGCGCUCGCCGCGUCUGGCUAUCCGCAAAAUGCCCAUCUCCUCUCCACUAGCCUCGCCAGUAGUGGUUACCCCCCAGGCUUAUAUACCCGAAAACCCGCCUCUUUCCCCGCGGAUCUAUAACCCCGGUCCUCCUCCAGUGGUGCCGCGACUGCGGGCGAGCGAGGCAAUCAGGCCCGCUCCGGGGCGUGCCCGUCCACCGGCGCCUCUAACCUUGUCAACUUCCUCGCCUUCUUCCUCUGUCCCAUCUAACCUACCUUUCCGCGAGGCGUACCCACCGCAAAGUGCCCCGGCUACCAAGACCACUAUCUUGGAACGGCCAAUGAAGAGCAGGGCGGGUAUAGUUACAGGCAUGGCUACGCCGUAUAGUCCGUACAUGCCGUUCACUCCUGUCACACCCUUUACCCCCGGGCGCAUAGUGACAAAGCGACAACGGAAGCGGGAGGAGCGGGGGAAUGGAUUACAAGUCUUGAACGAAGAUGAUUUGGUCAAGGAUGAUGAUGAUCUCUGGGGAUGA